UCCACGAAAGAAUAGGGCGUGACCCAUAUUUGUGAAUGUAUAAAUAACCAAACAAAUCAAAAAUUGACGUUCGCGUCUUCAUCGCUGUUCAUGCGCAAUACCUAGUCCCAGCUUUAUCGACACAGGGAAAGAAAACAAAGGCAAGGCCAAGCGAUCAAUGUACGUUGAGGGACGAAUAUCGGACGCCAUAGUUAUCCGAUGAAGGGGUCCCUUUAAGGUUGUGUUCUACGCUGGAAAAGGCAAUGGUCAGCAUAAUAGGGAUACUACCGAUGAUGGUCGCUGUAUACCGGGCGCUGCCUUGCUCAGCUGAAAACGCCCCCGCAGAAGCUCCGUGGAAGGACAUGAACCUCAAGGACAACGAAACUAUAAUGAUAGCGCAACAAGCUAUGGACUUUGCCAACAACCGAGGCUUUCAGUACCAAUACGUCUUGGAAGUGCGGAGCGCUAAGUUCUCGGAAGAAGGAGAUAAGCAUUACUACAUCCUGACGUACACGACAGUCCCAGCGUACUGCACUACGUCCGCCCCGUUCGUAAGGGAAAAAUGCAAGCCUCUGGAUUACCUGGCCAGCGACGAGUGCACUGCUUAUAUGUUAAUGGUACCCAAAGAAGAAUUCGUCCAGGUGACAAGAAUGGAAUGCCACGAAAUAGAGCCACACGACAGUCAUACUAGAAUAAAAGAUGAAUAGCCAUUCC